AUGAGGGGAUCCUCACUGUUUGGGCCUGCGACGGCUGGCUUCGCAGCAGGCCUCCGCCUUUCGCCAUUACUCCUUUCUAAACUCGCGUCGGCCUUGACUUUCCAGUCCGUUUCUGAACCGGAGUUGGAUCUUUCGCCAUUGGGUCAUAUUGCGCUUACUGGAGACUUCGAUGCACUGACAUAUUACCAAUAUACCGCGCAGACUAACACAUCGACCGGAGACAAUGACGCGCAAGCACUCUUGACCCCUCUUCCGAACGGAAUCCUUACGACUCUAUCGACCUCAAAUGCGGGCAUUCGCGCAAUGUGCCCAUUUACGCAGGAGGAUGGAACGUUCUCAGGCAUCUUUGUGGGAGGCAACUUCACCAGCCUCGGCGGGGUCAAAUCGGAGGGUGUCGCGCUAUAUCAUCCGUCUACGAAUCAAGUCACAUCGUUAUCAGGUCUUUCGGGAUCAGUCUCUGCCCUGCUGUGCGAUCAAGAAACCAAUAGCGUUUACGUCGGAGGAAACUUCACCUAUUACAACACCUCAAACGCCGUGGCCUGGGUUGGCACCUCUGGCUGGUCCAAUUUGACUUUUGGUGGAUUCAAUGGCCCGGUUUCGUCGAUCUUGAAGGAUAGCGAUGGUAAUAUUGUCUUUGGUGGCUUCUUUGAUGGCAUCGGCAACUCUACGUCGAGCAAGAAGGGUGAACAGGUCAUCAAUCUUCAAAAUGCCACAAUCACUUCCGAUGCAAAUUCUACAACCAGUGGCUUUGUCGAUCCCCGCAAUAUCGUUUGUCAGUCGAGUGGUGAGGAUGGCGCAGGAAAGACAUGGUUACUGGAUGACUACUCACCUGGCUACUGGCGCGCCGAUAUGCAAUUUGAAUAUACGCCUACCAAGCUCAGACUGUACAACACACACUACGAGGGACGGGGCACAAAGACGUUCCUAUUCAGACGCCUGCCCGACAACGGAAUCAUGAACUUGACGUACACGGAUCCGGAUACGGGAAACGCUGCCUACUGCGACCAGAGUUGCUCGCUUUCCAGCAAUGCGACUGAGAAAUAUCGUGAAUUCACGUUUGUUAACCACGCCGCAAUGAGUGGUUUCGAGAUUGAGAUCCUGGAUUGGUAUGGCAAAGGCGCCGGCUUGAAUGGUAUCGAACUUCUCGAAGACAGUGAGUGCAGAUCUACCAAGGGAGCUAUGGAUAAUGUACUGACAGAGAAAGACAUCUUUGCUUACGCGAUUAACGCUUUCAACGAGCCAACGUGCGCGAACUCCAGCUAUCCAUCAAAGUCAACACGUACCGGGUCUUGGUCUGCGACAGCUUCGGGUCAAAGCUCUUCGGCGUACUUGACGGCCGAAGUUACGAAUUCGAACGCAACUGAAGCUUCGGUUGUCUUUGAGCCCGACGUCAAGCAUUCAGGCAAUUACUCGAUCAAAUUAUAUACGCCUGGGUGCGACCAGGACGAUACUUGCAGUUCUCGCGGUAUUGUCAAUGUGACGGUCACUGCCUCAAGCGAUUCUUCGGAACCCGUUCAAACUCUCAUCUAUCAGACGAAUGAAUACGAAAAAUACGAUACGAUUUACACUGGUCAUGUGGAUGCAAGCGAUAGCUCGUUUCGUCCGCGUGUGAAGCUCACCCCAGUAGCAAACCAAGGCGACAUCACUGUGGUGGCAUCUCGAGUUCAGUUUGUCGCAAUCUCCGUGUCGGGCAUUUCGGAUGACCAGCUGAACGGCUUGUACGAGUACGACCCGACCACAAAGAAGGGCACAAACGUUUCCGUGUCGGCCAUCGAUCAAGCAGGUCUUGCUCUGGACUCAGAAGCAUCAAUAACCAGUCUAGCUAGCCAUGGCAGUACUAUCUACGUCGGAGGCAACUUCUCGAGUUCCAGCAUCAACAAUAUCAUGUACAUCGAACAAGACGGAAAUGCCACGGCAAUGCCCAAAAGUGGUUUGAAUUCCGGAGUCAACGCCUUGACGACACUGGACGAUGUCCUCUAUGUCGGUGGUAACUUUACCGAUACAUCCGACGGUGGAAAUGAAGGCCUGAGCUAUGUGGCAGCGUACUCGUUUGGCACUAAAGCAUGGUCUGCUCUCGGAGGGGGCGUCAACGGUCGAGUGACCAGCGUCGUUGCUCUUUCGCUGAACAUUUCUGCGGACCUCAACGAAACUGUUGUAGGCGUCAGCGGCGAGUUCGAUCAGUUACUUAGCUUCGAACAAACGUCGUCCACAAAUGUGUCUGGCUUUGCCGUCUGGGUGCCGUCGCGCAAGAAUUGGUUAUCAAACUUGAAUGUCAGUCAGUUGGAGUUUGCUGGACAGCUGUGCGCUUACGCCAAGGUUGACAACACCACGAUUCUUGCGGGUAGCCUCUCUACUGGUGGCCUUGCUGCUGCUGGUGCUGCUGCCCUUCUCUAUGACGAUGAUCUUGGUCUUGAAGCACUGCUGACUGAUCGCAACACAACCGGCGAAACAUUCACUGGGAUCUUUGACACAAGCUCUAGUCGGAAUCGCACUAUCCUUGGAGGUCACUUCUCCACAAACGCUACUAAUGGAUCGGUGAUCGAGAACUUCGCCAUUAUCGACGGCCGCGAUGGCAGUAUCAGCGGGCUCGGAGCAGGUGUCGACAGCAACUCUACCUUCUUGACCUUUAUGAUUUCCGACGAAGUCCUCUACGCAGGAGGUAAUAUUACAGGGAAAGUGGGCAGUUCAACAUUGAAUGGGUUUGUCUUGUACAAUCUCAACAAUGACACGUUCGUCAAGAAUCAGCCACCACGACUCACGGGCCAUGGUGUGUCAGUCAACGCGAUUGCUGCGCGGCCGAGCGCGAAGGAAGUAUACUUCGGAGGACAGUUCCAGACUGCGGGAGCGCUUCCUUGUCCUGGUGUUUGUUUCUGGGACACCUCUGAUCAGCAAUGGAAUCGACCGGGUGCCAGCUUGGAUGGAACGGUUUUGGCCCUUGAAUGGCUUAGCAACAAGCAGCUACUGGCGGUCGGCAACUUGAGUGUCAACGGAAAUCAGACUGCGAUCGCAACCUAUAAACCCAAGGGUCAAACCUGGACUGCCUUUUCCGGCGCUUCUUCGUCGGAACUUCCAGGCACCGUCACAGCAUUCACUCCUGCCAACAGCGCGGUGUCCAAGUUCUGGCUCGGUGGCACCUACAACAACGGAUCUAGUUUCUUGGCCGCCUACGAUGGGUCCAGCUUCCAGUAUGUCCGCAACGCAUUCGACAAGGGGACUACCAUCCGUGGUCUUGAGAUUCUUCCGCUUUCGAAGAACCAUGAUGCUGUUAGCACUCUCAAUGAUGAUCAGACUCUCCUCGUCACCGGCCACCUGGUGAUCCCGGAUUUCGGCAAUGCCUCGGCUGCCUUGUUCAAUGGAACUACAACGAUGCCUUUCAUCCUGUCUACCAAGUCCAACGGCGAAGCAGGCAGCAUGUCCCAAGUGUUCUUUGAGAAUAAGAACCCGUACACCAGUGGAGGCAAACACCUCUCCAACGGCAUCGUUGUGCUCAUCUCCUUCUGUCUUGCACUCGGGUGCGUUUUUCUGAUUGUUAUUUGCGGAGUCAUCUUCAACAAGAUCCAGCGCCGUCGCCAGGGCUACAUGCGGGCUCCCCAGGCCGUGGGAACCGAUCGACCAUCCAACAUGCGGAGACUCCCUCCAGAGUAUCUUUUCAACUCGAUCAAGCAGCCCAACCCAGCCGCCCCAACAAUAUGA